CAAGUGAGAAGGAAGGAUGGUGUUACAACACCAUGGUGGGUGAGCACAGCGCAGCCAGUGGUGUCUUGUCUGGAGGGGGAGGGGAGAGAGAGAGAGCGAGAGAAAGAGAGUGGGGUGAGGGAGUGGGGGGCAAGAAGAGCAGCAGCAAACCGAGGGAGACAGGAAGGCGUGCACCCACCCACUCACUCAUCGCAGCGAUCAGUGUCAACCGAGGGAGGACAUACAUACACACGAUCGAUCGACCGAUCGAUCAAUCAAUCAAUCAGGAAAAAGGGCAAUCAACAUGUCAACCAAUUAACCCACUCCCCCACCCUCUCCACACGGCAGGCAGGCGGACAGGCAGACAUACACUUUGCAGUCACUGAAUGACUGCCGCGUGUGGUCAUUCCUUCCUUCCCCCUAAAUUUCUCCAGUGCCUCUGCAACGCCGAGCACCCCACCUUUGUUUGUGUGUGGUGUGUGGUGUGCGUCCCAGACAGGCCCUGCAGCAGCAGGCAGGAAGCAAAGCAACGACCCACCCACCCGUGGCUGAGCCAGGCAGCCGCCAGAAAAAUACUGCCUGCCUGCCUUCGUGUCAGCGAGAGAAAGCGAUUCUGCCCUUCCUCGCACAUAUGGGUGGAGGGUGAUGUGUGUGAUGUGUCGAUGUCAGGCUCGUAGGAGGGAAGCAUGGCAGAAGGAAGGACACACCAGAGAAGAGAGACGCAGACAUACUAAGAGGACAUGCCCCUCUUCGCCCCGGCAGCCAGCGCACUUACAAAUAGAGUGAGUGCAUCAACCACCGAUCGUCUCAACCAACACACCCAGACACCCAGACAGACAGACAGAAAGACAGACGGCAAACACAGCAGCCAGCACGCCGCAUGCCAAUACACGCCCGCACAGAUGCUCGCAGCCAACAGGCCGCUCGCUUCAUUCGCUCAUUCGUUCGUCCUGUUGUUCUUUGAACAGACUGCUCCCAUUCCCUCUCCGCCCCUUUCUCUAGACUACACAGUCAGUCACGAAAAACAGACAGACACAUAGCCAGACGUACGUACCGACGACGGACGCACAGACAGCCAGACGAAGAUCAGCUUUGCUCUUGGUCUGUAGGCAGGGAUGGAUGGAUGGAUGGGUGUGUCACUUACUCCUUCAGUCAUUCGCCCUGCACGGGAGGGAGCGGGGGGUGUGGGUGCUGGCCCUGGCCGUGGGCGUGCGACGGCGAGUGGUGGCCGCCGUGGCGGGGCGAGUGAUGAUGCUGCUCCAUACCGUCUCCCUCCCACUUGGCCUACAAAUCACACACACACACACACACAUACAGAGUGACUGUGAGUGUGUGUGUGGUGGUGUUGGCUGGCUGGUUGGCCGGCUGGUUGGCCUGACCUGUAUGUCGGGCACUGGUGCGGGUGCGAGUGGGUGUCUGAGCUUGGCGAACUGGUCGGACGGCAUCGAGUGGAACAGAUCAGACAACGACACGUACACCGACUCGUCUGCGCCCACACAGACAGCAUACCACCCACACCCGUCAUGGCCAGCGUUGAUCCCUCCCUCCCUCCCUCCCUCCUUCCCUCCCUCCAUGGGUGUCAGUGUGGAUGGGGCGGGGUGGUGGUCUACCUACCGUCUCCUUCUCCCUGGACUUUGGUCCUGUGUGUUCGUUGCUUGGGUCCCUUGGUCUGCCACUCGCCCACGAUGGGCUUGAGGUGCUCGUGGCCGUCCUCGCCCUCCUCCUUCUGAAACGUCACCGGCUGGUAGAACGACUCCCCCGUCGACACUGAUAUGAUGAACGAGUGAUGCGGGCAGCGAAUGCACGGCUGCAUGACAUGACACAGAGAGCCAGACCACAGACAGACAGACAGACAGACGCACAGCAGAGACGAAUAGAGAGAGAGAGAGAGAGAUGCCGGGUGGCUGGGCGAGCGGGUGGGUGUGGCCAUCCAUCCAUCCGACCUGUCCAGCGAUGUCUUCGAUGUCUUCAGCCUGGUAGAGCGGUCCGCCGGCGUGGUAGCAGUUGGCGUCGAUGGCGUACACGCAACCAUUGUACAGAAACAACGCCACUGCACACGACACGGACGAACAACGACACACACGCAACGAACGACGGGCAAAGCACAGAACGACAGUCGAUGUCCAACGACGGCCCAACGAGCGACGUCCACUGCUCUGGCGGCUCUCUGUGCACAUGUAUGUACAUCUUAAGAGUGCUGGCUGACCUGGUCGCCCGCUGACCACAACCAAAGUGGGACGCACACCCAGCUGCACACACACACACACACACCUGCCCUCCGACCGACCGACCUGUGUGGUUAUCGCCUUACCGUCUUGAGUGGCACAGUCUUGAACCAGGGCACCCCCUGAUUGUCGACCUCCGGCGCCGCGGCAUGCUUGGGCGACGUCGGUCCGCCCAAACUGUGGGAACUCAUCUCAAGCUUCUCAACCUGUCAACGAAAACUGGUUGGCGGCUGUGUCAACGAGGUUAAGCGCCUCGGCUCAUAGCGCGACACACAGCACACAAUAAGGACAGCGUUCAGCGCCUUUCAAACUCCUUCGACAAGGCUGGAAAACGGCUCUGCAGAGUGCGAGUUGGGUGUUUCACUGGCGAACGUCGCUUCGUUCGUCGGUCUCUUUCUCCCCUUGAAG